ACGGAGCGAUACAGGAAGACACCACAGUGCAUGGGACCUUACCAUCCAAGUGACGUCCUAUAUGAUAAAUCCCGACUUGUUACAUUAUCAAGGCAAAGAAGCAAUUUCAACGAAAUUCAGAGGAUUACUCCUGAGGCGGUUGUCGGAGGAGCUGUGUUGACAAGGUGGCGAAAUGUGCUCGCACGGAGGACGAGCAGCCUGGAAUUAAGCACAGGAGAGAAAAGAUGCCGAAGAUGAGACAAUAAAGAAGAUCUGGUUUUGGGGCCUGUGCAGACUUCCCACGGCAGCAGCUGGAUGUGUAUGUCGACUCGGCCGCGAUGACGAUGAAAGGCCUGUCCAGCAGCCGUAGUCACCACCACACGGUGACCUGCGACCCCUCUUACGACUCCAUGACCCUGGGGCACUCGGAUCGUCGGUCCUACUUCCUCAACCCUGGGGAGGCUCAUCCUACUGACCACCCCUGCUACACCCAGCGCAACUCCUUCCAGUCUGAGUGCAGUGCGUACCCUGACCUGGCCAGCUGCACCUUCCCUCGCAGACAUUACAGCUCUCACCAUGAGCUGAAGGAGGCGUGUGGCGCUGUGGUGCCUUAUACAGGGCCAACAGGGAGCAUUAAGGGAAGCGGAGGAAGUGGUGGAAACAACAACCGCAUCCCUUCUAACCUGCUAGAGCAGUUUGAGCACCAGGCUCCGGUACAGCGUGAAGGCUACCACACACUGCAGUACAAGCGCACUGCAGUGGAACACCAACGAAGUGACAGCCCUGGUCGAAUACGCCACCUUGUGCACUCUGUCCAGAAGCUUUUCACCAAGUCCCACUCCCUGGAGGGGCCCUCAGGGUCUGGUGGUGGAGGGAGUGGGAGGAUGAACGGCAGCAAAUCCAGUCCUGAUGACCCACCCUCUUCUUCUGGCACCCUGAAGCACAGUAAGCGCAGUAAGAGCAAAGACCGCUCCAAAUCAGAGCCUAAGAUGCGCACUGCCAUCUCGGGCUACUGGAGCUCAGACGACACGCUCGACCGAGAGAUGUGCCUCUACCACCAUCACCACGGGGGAAGCAGUGGCCUGCCUACAGGGGUCAUGACCAUGGGGCGCCACCCGGAAAAAUCUCAGUCGCAUUACUUCAUGGAGUCCUACAACACCAUCAGCGCCCACUCUCUCAAGACGUCACGCAGCAACAACGAUGUGAAGUGCUCGACGUGCUCUGGGGGCAACAGCGGAGGUAUGCCACUGGUGGGAGCCCUGGACGGACAAGUGCAGCUGAAGAAGAGCUCAUGGUCUUCUACUCUGACGGUGAGCAGAGCGAGAGAGGUCUACCAGAAGGCCUCAGUCAACCUAGAUAAAGCGCUAGUGAAAGCCGAGCAGGGGCGCACCUGCCACUUCCUACAGGUGCCUCAGGAUGACUGGAGCAGUUUCUCUCCGCUGGGGAAGGACGACGAGAUCCCAUGCCGGCGGAUGCGCAGUGGCAGCUACAUCAAGGCCAUGGCAGAAGAAGACAGCGGUGAUUCGGACUGCAGCCCCAAACCCUCGCCCAAGGUCCAGGCACGACGAGCCAGCUACCUGAAGGCCACACAGCCAUCCCUCACAGAGAUGACCACACUCCAGAUUUCCACAGAGCACUCGCCCAAGCUACAGAUCCGGAGUCACAGCUACCUGCGGGCGGUGAGUGAGGUUUCCAUCAAUAGGAGUCUGGACAGCUUGGACCCGGCAGGGCUGCUGGCCUCGCCUAAAUUCCGCUCACGAAACGAGAGCUACAUGAGAGCCAUGAGCACCAUCAGCCAGGUGAGUGAGGUGGAGGUGAACGGGCAGAUCGAGGCCGUGUGUGAGUCGGUGUUCAGUGAAAUGGAGUCGCAGGCGGUGGAUGCCCUGGACCUGCCCAUGCCCAACUGCUUCCGCAUGCGGAGCCACAGCUACGUGCGUGCCAUAGAGAAAGGUUGCUCGCAGGAAGAGGAGGAGGGAGGCGUCACGGUGGGCAUCAGGAGGACCAACUCACCCCCGUGUACCACCACCACCGUCAGAACCAUCCAGAGCAGCACAGUGUCAUCAUGCAUCACCACCUACAAGAAGACGCCUCCCCCGGUCCCACCGCGGACCACCCCGUCCAAACCCUUCAUAUCCAUCACAGCACAGAGCAGCACCGAGUCCGCUCAGGACGCCUACAUGGACGGGGGCUCCGGCACGCGGACUGGCAUCAGCUCCCAGCCGGGCCUGUCCAACUCCACGGAGAGCAUCGACAGCAUGAAGGCCCUGACAGCAGCCAUAGAGGCGGCUAACGCUCAGGUGCACGGCCCAGCCAGCCAGCACGUGACCAACAGCACAAUCACCAUCACUGCCACCGCCACCACCUCUGCUGUCGCGCACGUCUCCACAGACAGCAAGGCACAGAGGGAAGUGCUCCGCAAGUGCCUCUCCAUAGGGAUCCAGGUGGACCCAGAGGAAGAAGAGCCGACGGAGGAGCAGUCUAAAUUCCAAUCGAUAGGAAUUCAGGUGGAGGAUGAGCGAUGUUACCGCAGGAUGACCCGCUCUAACAGCGUAACCACAGCGGUGCAGGCUGACCUCGACGCCCCCACAGACGCCCCAGAGCUGCCGCCUCGUCACUGUGCCACCAUGCCACGCCAGCUUUCCCGCGAUGCUGCCUCGUCCACCGUCAGCAUCCAGGGCUCGGGGAACCACUACCACGCUUGUGCCGCUGACGACUUCGGGGAGGUGGGGUUCGACCCUUCAAUCCUGCCCCCUCCAGACCCAUGGAUGGACAGCGUGGCAGAGCCAGAGGAGGAGGCUCUGGAGGCUGUCGGCCGGUCGGUGUGCCCCCGUGACGGCCGCUGGUUCCUCAAGUUGCUGCAGGCUGAGACGGAGCGUAUGGAGGGCUGGUGUCGACAGAUGGAGCAGGACGAGAUGGAGAAUGAGCUGCCUGAUGAGAUCCAGGGGAAGAUCCGCAGUGCAGUGGGGAGUGCCCUGCUGCUGAUGUCCCAGAAGUUCCAGCAGUUCCGGGAGCUGUGUGAAGAGAAUCUGAACCCAAAUGCACACCCACGGCCCAUCUCCCAGGACCUGGCAGGUUACUGGGACAUGCUCCAGCUGUCUAUUGAGAACAUUAGCCUGAAGUUUGAUGAACUCCACCAACUCAAAGCCAACAACUGGAAACCUCUGACCCCACCACAAAUGCAGGAGAGAAGGAUGCCCCCUCCUGUGCCAAAGAAGCCCCUGAAGGGCCACCACCCUCCCCUGGCUAGGGACCGCUCGCUGGAGAGCUCUGAGCGCCAGCGUCUGGAGGCUCGCAAGCGCCUGCUAGCUGCCAAACGUGCCGCGUCUGUUCGGCAGAGCUCUGCUACCGAGAGCGCAGACAGUAUUGAGAUCUAUAUCCCAGAGGCUCAGACCAGACUAUGAGACACACAGAUGCAUGUACCCACACACAUGCCCGAUACACUGUUCCAUAUACACUGAAGCACUGAAUGGUAAGGCUAGGGUGCUAAAAUAACAAACACAUUUUUUUGCGGACUUCCCAGAUCACUGUGGAAUUAGUCACAAUGGAAGAAGAACAAGAAAUGUACAUUUACAGCAUUUAUUUAUUUAUUUAUCAACCCCCUCCUCCUUCAUUUCCUUCUCCCAGCUUUGAUGUAGCAGUCCCUCCUCACUUACAAAGAUGUAUCUUAUCCCUUUUUUAAGUGGCCUAAUAUUACAAAGUAAGCCAGGUGUAGCACAGCAGUGAUGCUUCACAUUAUUAUGUUUCAAGUGCUGAAAAUCAGAGGUAAACAGGGAAGGAGCAUACAUGUUCAUGUGGACUGUGUGUGUGUGUCUGUGUAUGUAUGUACAUGCAAACACAUACGAGUGAUGUAUUUUAUCUGCUCCGAUCAAAUGUAUCAAAUCAAAUUGAAAGACCAGACCUGACCUAUUGACCCAUAUUUAAGAUGUAUUAUUUAUGCUUAUUUUGUUUUUGAUAUUCGUAUAAAAAGACCAUGAUCUGAGUUUUGAUAUAUUUAAUGAGGCCAAACAUUAUGAAAGGAAAUAAUGGUGAAAAGACCAGACAAGAAAGCUAUGGUGUCCAGUUAGUGACACAAUUCGCCCUCUGUCUGAAAAUGGGUCUUUCCAGCAGCAAGAGGUCGAUCCCCUUAAGAAAGGUCAGAUUUUGCUCCUCCAGGUGAGGCAAAGUGGCCAUUGAGCCAGGAGCAGGUCCUGUGGUUCUGCAAAGACUGCAAUUCACUGAAAGAACCACUGUUUGAAUAAUGCCACAAAGCUAAUCUAUGUGUGAGUGAGAGAAAGAGAGUGUGUGUGUGUGUGUGUGUGUGGUAUGAUUCAGAUGUUCAUUUCAAAAGUGCUUCCUAUUUUUCUAGGUCUAAUGGGUCCUAGUUGUAAUUGAAGAUGAAGGUAGCAGUAUCAACGAACUGUAAACAAACCACCCAUCUUGUCUCAUUCUAAAGUUUGUAUGAAGAACAUACAGUAUAAUGACAUGACAUGCAUGCUGAUAUUUUUGUCUUUUUUAAAACAGGUUUAAUCCUUUCUCAUGUUGCGUUCAAACUCUUCAGUGUUACAGGCAUUGCUAAAAAUACUGAUAUUUGGUACAAUACCGGUAGUUGUACUGUAUUUUAUGACGUCAUUUUUAGACAAGAGGUUUAUUGACAGUAUUGGGACAAAAGGACUGAAAAGGGGAAUAUUUCCUCCUCACUGUGUGUGCACUAUCUCUGCCUCCAGAUGAAGCAAUUCUUUGAAGGCCAUACAAAAUAGAUCCAAUUUAUAAUAUUUUGUAUUCAUGUUUAAUUUAUUGAUUAGGAGAACAAUGACUGUUUAUUGACAUUGUGAUUAUCAUUAUGCACUGACAACAAGGCCCUUAUACUGUGUUUAUUUUUUAUUUAUGUUGAUUCUUUAGCAUGACAGGCACCUUUUUGUCUUUUCUGUUUCAGUGAUCAGCCUUAAUUUCUAAUAUGAUAGUCGAGCACAACAGCGGUCUCAGGGGAAGGUGUGUGUGUGUCUGAGAGUGUGACUGACUUAAUGUGACCCAUGGCGUUGUCUCUUACUGUAUGUAAAACCCCACUCACCAGGAUAGGCCAUGAUGGUAAACAGGGGAUUAGUAUCCAUGCCGUCUUUUGAAUGAUGCUCCUAUUGAACAUCCCGGCCCUAAUUACUUCAAUGUAACAGGGUGUCAGCUGCUUGAAUGUGGAGACAAUCCUGCGCCAGUUUUACCAUCACAUACUUGUUUUGAUAACAGAAUAGCAGGACAUUGGGUUGUAGUUUAAUUCUCUGUAUUGAUCUGACUGAGUUUUGUGCCAUUGGAUAACUAUAGGUAUGGGCAUAUUUCUGCUAUUUGUCCCAGUCCCAAACGGCUACCUGACUUUUCAUUUAGAGACGUUUGUGAAGGAACUCAAGUGAUGAAGUAACCGUAAAGUAUGAUUUGUAUUUCCUUUAGUUGGCUAAAUAUGAAGUUAAGAGAGGAUGCAUACAAAUAAUAAUAGUUCAAACUUAUUGCCAUUUCAUUUAGAUGAAGGUUAUUUUAGUAUUUUUUACUUUGGAACUUGUAUUUCAAUUGAAUUGUCUGUCAAAUGAUUGACUACUUAUUUAUGUUUAUGAUAUUAACAUAUCAAUAUAAUGCUCCUGGUAUAGCAGGGAGAUAGAAACCAGAAUGUUGGAUUGUGGUUAAUCGCUAAACUCUAAAGACACUCCAGCAAUCCUGGCACUUCUGAAGCUUGUGAUGUAGUUCAGAGAAAAACAUUCAAAUCAACAUUUGUACAUACAUGAAUGUUUCCCUAUGUAAAUGUAAACAACCCCCCCCCCCCCCCAAUCAAAUAACCUAUUAAGCAAAUAUACAUUUUGUAAUUAAUGUUAUUACACUGUUGAUGUUAUGGCACGUGUAUGAGCUCUUAUCAGCAUUAAAAAAUAUAUCAUUGCCAUCAUUUUGUCGUGUACACUUCUUUUGCUGUCUCCACAUGUGUUUUCAAUUGGAAGAUAAUUAAACAAAUUACAAGGCCAGCAUGGUGUGCUUUUAGGGCAAUCCCCUUCCGCAGGGGCGGGUCCCCAUAAUUAGACAGCAUUUUUGGCCUUGGCUUAGCCCUGACGCUCCUGUGCAUGCAGCUUCUGGUGAUUCGUCAUUCAUACAUCAGUCAUGCUGAUGGGAGGCAUGCUGACCUCAGUGGCCAGAGUUCAGGAGAGGGGAGGGGGUGACAGAGGGGGUUGCGGAAAUGUGUGUCGUCUUUGUAUAAAGCCUGGCUCAGGGUCAGUCUACCUCUCAGAGGGCCCACCAUGGUGGGCUACAACUUCCCACUGUGGGCCUGGAGGUCCGUUUAAAACCGUAUAAGUGGUUACAUCCCCAAGUUCGGACCCAACCUCCACCACAAGAACCGUCAUUUCUGACAGGCAAUGUCUGACAAAAAGGGAAAAAAUAUCUAAAUGCAUUCUGAAAAUUUGCUGACAUUUGAUGAAUCACUCCAGCGACUAGCCUAAUAAAUGUUUUUUAAAUAUACUACUUUGAUAUUGCCUUUUAGAUACUAUAGCUUUCUGAUUAGCAAGGAUAGGGUUCUGAUUGUUCCUGGGGUCUUAAUGAAACCAAAAAAACAACCUCGGCAAAUGUUUAUAUUGUUUCAAGAAUAAUAAAGACAACAAAUCCUAUUCAGGCCAAUCGAGCAGCUUUAGCAGGACCAGGAGGGAACAGCUGUCCUCCUCGCCUGGAACGAGCCAGCGCACUCAGUUGUAAGCUGACUUACAUCGACUCUAUUGAGAUGCAGGCACACAUAAAGCCCCUUUGGCAAGAAACUGUUGACGUCUGCCAUUUGCUUGUGUUAAUUUAUGCAGGAUUAUGCUAAUUGGCAAGAGCUGUUGUAAACCUCUCACACACAGGAAUGUCUCUGAAAGCCUAACGGUAGCCUGUGGAAAGACAUAAACACUAUACUAUUUCUGCUCCUUUUAUUUACAGAGCAUUCUGACUUAAUACGCUCUCCGUAUCCUUAAAGGAUGAAUCUGUAAUCUCCACAAAGUUCAGUAGGAUUUACAAGAACAAGAAACCUGUAUGACUGUGCGUGAUCCGAGUGAUCCGGGGGGGGGGGAUACCAAAUGAUCAAAUCUGAGAUGUAGAAAAACAAAACUUUAUUUGAAUCCCAUGUGACCCCUAUUUGCCACAAACAUUGCACAGUAUGAAAAGAAAUCACAUCAUUGGGCAUCAUGUCACAUUAACUAUACACAUGGUCCUAUUAUACAUGAAAAUGCGUUUUUUUGGUGAUUUCAAAAUUGCUGUCUUAGUCAGGUUGUAAAACAGCAAAUGUAGAAAAGACAUCUGUAGUGUUUAAUUUUCCAGUCCACUGGCCGUCGUUUUUCGCUGAGUAAUGGGAUGAAGGCUCAGACUAAGAACCUGCUACAUUGGUCAUCUGAAAUAUCCCUUAGUGGGGAAAAACAAAACAAAACAAAAGCAUAGGGUUUUUCUUUUAAAAUGGCUAAAAGUAAAUUACAAAAUCAAAACUAUGCUUAUACUCAUGAAAAUACAUAACAAUUACUACAGUAGUGAAGAAGUUUGUCAUAGAUGCUAAGAGCAAAGUAUGUUUAAGACACUGAGAUGACCUUCCUCUGCCUUUUAGUGUGCAAACAAACAUGGCAGACUAAUCAUGAGCUGAUCUCUGAAAUGUAAAAGAGUAAACGUGUGUGGACAUGUGACCGAUCUGUGUGAUCGGUCUGUGAAGGAGGGCUGAUUCUAGCUCAUUCUCCGUUCUCUAAAAUGAUAUACAUUAUAAUGGAAAAGACAUAAGACAGGCAGCAUUUCUCCGAUAACAUUUUUGGUCCCUGUGUGCAAAUAAGAUACACAUGUAGUUACAUAUGCAUGUAUGUGAAAUGAAUAAACAACUUACAGCCAAGGCACCUCGAUACAGUUUGUUUUUUUUCAAUAAAAAAACGUCCUCAUCAAUUUGAUUGGUAUACCAAAAAUAGAAAUGAUCAGGCUUUCAUGUGGAUUUGUUCUCUGUUGCGUGCAGACAAGUCACUGAACUCUGACGAGUUCCACAGUCGAGACACAAAGUCAGUCUCUAAUCUCUCCUCU